AUGGAUAUCACCGUCGACUGGUCCAAUCUUCUAGUCGAGCUCUGGCCGCUGAUCGGAGAAAAGCUCGAACUGCGCAUCCAGUCUCUCCAAUUCCACAGCGUUUUUCAUUCAUGGAGUUCUUGUGCCUCGCUUCCACCCUUCACUUCCUCCGAAAUUCCCUCUCCCAUUCUCCGAUGGACCCACCUCCUUCCUCUCCCAAAACACCAUCUACCUCCUACAGAGCCCCUCCACGUCAUCACUGGUGCCGCCGUAGUCUGGAGGUUGGUUGGUCAAGGUCGAAGAGUGCGACAUAAUGCUUCUUCAGAAUCCGAUCACCUCCAGGCGAAUCAGAAAGUGAUUUUAAUGCCUGCUGAGAUUGUUGAUUGUGCUAUUCUGGUUAUCUCUAAUAAGGGAAAUUUGGGUUUUGCUAAAAGUGGAGAUGAGAAACUCACAUGGAUUAAUGUGUCUUCAGAAGUGAUGAUGAAGAUUUCGUCGAAAGUGAUUGGUUUUGGUGGGAGGAAGCAUUUGGUAGAGUCUUGUCGAGAGCUUUAUGUGGUCGAUAUGUAUUUUGAUCAAGAACAAAAUAAGCAAGAAGGGGCUGGUGUUGAGUUCGAUUUUUCUUUAUUUGUCAGUUGGCGUCGUGGAAGACACCAAAGAUAUCAGUUUGGUGAACUCAAGGUAGUUGAUUUUAAGGUUUGCAAGCUGGAAUUGUUGAAUGGAGAGUUGGGCAGAUGGGUUGAAGUGAAGAGCUUGGGUGAUUGA